UGUAUACUGUAAUAUUGUAUUAUAGUGCGUCAUCUGUCAGCAUGGCUGCUGUCACUUCAUUCGGUCAGUGCGCCCGGCAGGCCAAGCAUCACUGCCCAUUCAUGUUUUGGGCAAUGUUUUACCUGACUCUUUGUACCUUUGUUGACGGUGAUAGUAUACUGAAGAAUGUCCUCACCAACAGUCACAGAGGUACUGGCCAUGAUACCAAGAACCGAACCCAGCAUGUGACGUCUUCGGUCAGUGGUAAUCGGAAGCGACACGCCCUCAGCCGACAUGAGCACACGAUGUCUGAAUACGAGAAACGGCAACAACAGCAGAGAUUGAAGUCGCAGCAGGAGUUCCUUUCUACACCACAACGAGGAAUAUGGGUGCAUACAUCAAAGAAGGACCUCGAUGGACCCAGUCCCAGCGUUCUGAUCCGUCUUCUCAGGUCAACGAGGUACCCAGCUGCCCACCAGAGAGCCAAACCUGGCAACAAACUGCCAGCAAGGCGCCGCCGCCGUAGUCUCAGAACCAGCAUUCGUAAACCCUCCCAGGGCAAACCAGGCUACAAGGGAAAUUCAUCUGAUCCUGUACAAGAUUGGAAUACAUCACUACCAUUAACAACCCCAUCGUCAGAAUCAUCAACAUCCUCAUCUUUAUCCUCAUUGAAAUCACUACCACCAGCGAAAAUUCUUUCAUCAAAAGAGGUAUUGGACGACCUAACCAAACUCUUUCUGCUGCCGGUCAUUAUACCACCAGAGUUCAUACUUGUUUUG